AUGAGAGGAGCUACAAUCCUGAAGUCGUCGGAUGACAAAACGCGGAAAUUGAACAAACAUACCCUGAUUGCCUAUUCCGGAGAAGCCGGCGACACAGUAAACUUUGCCGAAUAUAUUCAAGCCAAUGUUCAACUUUAUUCGAUGCGAAAUGAAACCGAGCUAAGCCCUUCAGCAGUCGCCAACUUUGUGAGAGGAGAACUUGCGAGGAGUUUAAGGUCAAGAAGUCCGUAUACGGUCAACCUUCUGCUUGGUGGUGUCGAUCCAAUUACACAAAAACCAUGCCUAUAUUGGCUUGACUACCUAGCGUCAUUGGCGCCAGUACCCUAUGCUGCACAUGGUUACGCCCAAUAUUACUGUCUUUCGAUCCUUGACAAGCACCACCAUCCCGAUAUCACCUAUGAAGAAGGCCUGAAGCUCUUAGAGAAAUGUACAGACGAACUUAAACGGAGGUUGCCCAUUGACUUCAAAGGGGUAUUCGUCAAGGCGGUGACAAAGGACGGUAUCAAGGAGGUAGAUUUUGAUUAUGGCAAUAACAAACAGGUCGUUAGCGCCUAA